AUGAGCGAAGAGGGUGCCAAACAUCGCGAUGAAUACCGAUAUAGGUGUGCACCUUGCAACAUUGACUUUUGUGUCGGUUGCAACAUUACACCCUACCACUACAACUUCAACUGCGCCGACUACAAGCAGUAUCUAGAGGCCAAGAAGUGUCGAUUCUGCAAGGAGUCACUGCAUGGAGUCACCCUGAAUAGUGACGUUGCCCCAGGCCACGUCAACGUGUGCCAGUCUCCAGAGUGUCAAGAAAAGAUGAGUCUCAGCUGUGGCAAGGUGUUGCCAUGUGGUCACAACUGUCUGGGUGUCCACGGAGAGAGGACUUGUCCACCAUGCUUCAAACAGAAGUGUCAUCCCAAGAAGAUCAAAGUGCCAAGCUCAAACGACUACUGCAACAUAUGUUAUGUCGAGGAUCUCUCAUGUGCACCAUGUUUGUUGCUCGAGUGUGGCCAUGCCUUCCACUCACAGUGCAUCAAGAGCCGUCUACAACCCAAGCAGAGCGGUCCUCGUCUGAGUUUCAAGCAUCUCGACUGUCCCCUCUGCAACAGACAGAUGAAGCACGUUCAGUUGAAGGAGUUGACGGCCGAGUCGAUAAGGCUGCGCGACAUUGUCCAGGCCAAGGCAUCACAGCGACUGAUCUUUGAAGGACUGAACAAGACCAAAGAGUUGGAGUGCAAGAGUUCCAAAUGGUAUAGGAACCCCGAGGGCUACGCCAUGCAUCACUACUCCUACUACAUGUGCUUCAAGUGUCGCAAUCCAUACUUUGCCGGACAGGUUCGAUGUGAGCAGGAUCAAGCCUACGAUGACUUCAACCCAGAAGAGUUAAUAUGUGGCUCAUGCAAGGGAGAGAACUUCCAGCAAUGCAAUAUCCAUGGAUGGGAUUUCAUGGAGUUUAAGUGUCACUUUUGUUGUUCCAUCGCUCAAUGGUAUUGCUGGGGCAAGGUACACUUCUGCGAUGACUGUCAUACCAAACAACAAAAGGGUGACUACCUUACAAAGAAGCCAAAGAAUAUGAUACCAGAGUGCCCUGGAAUAGAGAAAUGUCCAUUGAAGAUAGCACAUCCACAUUGUGAGGAGUUCAUUCUUGGUUGUACCAUCUGCAAGAACAUCAAGGACUUCUAG